GACAACUGCCAUCAUCUUGAUUUGUUUUCCGAGACUUCCUUUCUGACCUCCGCCCUUAUGGACUACUCGGACGUAUCAGAGGACGAAGCUCCUCGCGACUCACAAACUAAUAGAAAACGCAGCAGCAGGGCUUGUGAUCAGUGCCGAAAAACGAAGAGUAAAUGCGAACGAGUUGGGAACGAGAACUGCAAGGGCUGCCAUCUCGCCAAUACAGUAUGCACAUUUCUAGGGCCGUCUUAUAAGCGAGGCCCCCCGAAGGGAUACAUCCAUGCCAUUGAAUCACGGUGGCAUCAAGUCGAAUCAUUGCUCGGGGCACUGCUCUUAUGCAAUAAUCCGCAAGUUCGGGGGAUCGUCCGAGAGAUGAGAAAUGAUGAACUGGCACGGGAAAUACUGGAUCGUGUGGAUGCAGGGCCCUAUGGUCCAUCAGGGCGACUUGAUCAGCCAGGAGGGGCCACGAAGGAGGACUUCUUUGCUUCCAUUCUGCGGAGUAACGCUCCCAAUGCCGAAAAUUCGCGCUCCCGGAGACAGUCCAGAGUUUCGAGGGAGAAGGUUUCGUCAGUGCAAAAUGUGGGGAUAUCAGUCGUGCCUACAAAGGAAUGGCAGGAUAAUCUGUCGCAUCGGUUGGCGUCGGCUGCGUCAGGAUCCCGGAGCCCCUCAUUUGAUCUGUCGGGUGUGCCGUUCACGCAGAGACGACGACUAGACGAUAUGCCUGGCGGGACGGUGCCUACCCCACCGGAAUGGAAGGAUAUGUACACAUUCGAAACCCAUGAUCAUCGCGAGGAGGAAGCGGUCGAGGGCAUGUGCGCCCUGUCACUCGAUGAACAUCAAGAGGUCCGUUUCCACGGCCAGACCAGCGGAUUGCAUCUGCUGGGGAGAAGCAGCCGCACCGAUGAUCGGCAAGAAGGAGGCUUGUGGAAACUGCCCAUGGCUCGUAUCUGGCCUCCUGUCAAGGACCCUGCGGCACAGCUCAUCUCAGAGGAGGAAAUGCACAACGAACUCCCGCCACUUCACAUUCAAGACCAUCUCCUCCAGCUAUACUUCACGUACAUUCACCCCGUCUUCCCAUUAAUCCACAAGCGCCGAUUCUUGAUGGAGUACAAUGCAAGACAGACAAGUUCCGUCCAUAGCCCGGCUAGCUCAGAUUCAAGACUGCAACCUGAGCCAGCGCAAAAAUGCUCGCCGCUGCUCCUAUUGGCCAUUUUCGCCCUUGCCGCCCGUUUUUCAGACCAGGACACGCCUCCCCCAGCCAAAGGCAAGAUGUGGGAGGCGGGAAGUUCGUACUUUUCUGCAGCAAAGGCACUCUUGGCGAAAGUGCUGCAUCGAUCACGACCUUCGACAUGCCAAACGUUAUUGCUGUUAGGAUAUCGAGAGUUUGGAAUCGGAAGUAUGGAGCAGGGUUGGAUCUACAUCGGGAUGGCCAUUCGGAUGGCCAAUGAUCUCGGUCUCAAUUGCAAUCUUAGCGAGUGGCGGAAUCACAGCUCGACGACCAAAUUGUUUGGGCCGGAAGAAACGCAAACCCGUCGCCAGAUCUGGUGGACUUGCCUUGUCUGCGAUCGAUACGGGAGCAUGUAUCUCGGGCGGCCGAUAGCCAUCCACGACGAUGACUUCGACACCCCCCUUCCCGAGGACGAACCAGAUCAACCGUGGGAAACACUGACUCCGAACUUUGUCGGCAGUGCCAAUUAUCCUGGCAUCACGAUGUCAGCUUUCCGUGAGUCAGGGAAACUGUCUCUGAUUCUCGGUGGCGUGAUUACCAAGAUCUAUCCGGUUCGUUUCUUGCCGCUGGCCAAUCGACAAGCGAGUCUCGCACAGCUUGAGAGCCGGCUCGAUCAGUGGUACCUCGCGCUGCCUGAUGUGCUUCGCUACGAUGCUUCGAGCAAACGUGUCACACCGUCGCCUCCUCUCUUGCUUCUGCACAUCAGAUACUGGGGCACUGUACUUCUUCUCCAUCGCGCCUUCAUCCCGAACUGGAAAGGGUCCGAGUCCACUUCAUCACAUUCGACGGCGGAACUCAAGGCCUUUGAUCUGGCACAGGGUGCUGCCAGCCAAAUCAGUUCGCUAGUCACGGCUUAUCGGGAGACGUACUCGUUGAAACGAUGUUCGCCGUUUUUGACAUCGUAUAUCUUGAAUGCCGGCAUCAUGCACAUCUCGACCUUGACACUUCGGCCCUCCAAUCCGCAAGCAACACUGGGCUUCCAACAAUGCCUGUCAGCAGCCAAGGAACUAGAGACCAUCUGGCCCAGUGCGGCGCGCGCGUUUGAUCUUCUCAACGGAGUCAAGCUGGGCAACCUCAACACGCUUCCCCCGUUGCGGAACCAGGAACGAAACAAACGGCAUGCAGAAGAUGCAUUUGGCCCAGAUCGUGCUCCAGACUAUCCCGUCAGGACUGACUCGGACCUGGGUCAACAGGAAGGAGUGCAGGACAUGGCCAACAAACUGAUGGCUCACAUGCUGGGCCUGGAUAUCCCCGGUGUCGAGCCUUCGACGUCGUUCUAUUCUGGAUGCGACUGGUGGUCCCGCAAUCCAGAAACAGGACAGCAGCAGACGCAGAACUGGCCAUCCCCCACCGGGCCGUCGAUGUUCAAUCCGUUGACCAUGCCUGGGCAGACCCAGGCUCAGUCUCAGCGCCAGUGGAAUGAACCAGCAAGAGAGGGUCGGCACUACAACAGCGAAGGCUAUUCGUACGACCACUACGGGGUCUAGUCACACACUGUAAUUGUUCCCAUGUAUAUAGAGCCCAUCAAGUCAUAGAGAUGAUAGAAAUGAUUCGGCUGUAACAGUCUUGUACUUUGUCUCCAUCCAUCAGAAGCA